GCCAUGGCUCCGUUCCGUUUCAAUAAUUAUAGGGGUGUGCCAUCCAGGCCCGGGGGCCUUAUGCCUCGCUAAUAGUCUCGGUUUCACCUGACGCGUUCUGCGCCGCCCCCUGGUCGUUUGUCCUGCUUGUCCUCGCCUUGAGAGCUUCACAAUGCCGGUGUACAAUUUCACUGUUGACGAUUCGAGUCCUAUCAUCACUUACGCCCCGGCUGGUGCUUGGUCGGACUCAAGUACGGCCGAUUCCAAGCUCGACCAGUAUGCCAAUUCUACAUUCCAUGCGACGAACGUAUCCGGCGCCACGGCCUCCUUCUCCUUCACCGGGACCGCGUUCUAUCUGUACGGUGCAAAACGCGCGAAUCACGACGAGUACACCGUCACCGUGGACGGGAGCGCAGCGAUAGCCAACGGCUUCAAUGCCACAGACGACUUCCAGACGCUCUUGUGGUCGGCGACGGACCUGGAGAAUGAGCAGCACCAGGUCGUACUUACUGAUACCAGCACGCGGAGCGAUCGCCCAUAUGUGGACAUCGAUUUCGUCGUGUUCACCCUUGGAGACGGGCACCCCGAAACUCCAUUUCAGGACACGACUUUGGACGAUACGGCGUGGACGAAUAUCACCUAUGGAGAUGGGUGGGAAACGGGCUCGAAUGGGCUUAAUAACGACUACUACAACGGCACUUUCCACGACACGAAGACCCAAGGCGCUGCAGCCCGAAUCACGUUCUUCGGCGAAUGCAUAUACCUUUACGGCGCGACAAGCUCGAAUCACGGAAACUAUAGCGUCGCUAUCGAUGGGGGCGCACCCACUUCCUUAACCGGUUACACGGGGACUCCUACAGAUCCUGGGACCAUAUUCCGUCCUCAAACGUUACUCUUCUUCGCCAGUGGUCUCGCGCACGACACACAUACUCUAGAGUUGACCAAUACGGAUACGAGCGGCGCUUACCUGGAUUUCGAUCGGCUAGUGACGACAACGUGGACCGUAGCUACUAACGCUUCCAGCUCUGCUACGGUGUCAUGAACGCUUAGUAAUGACACGCAGAAUAGAGUAGAACCUUGUAGAAGGCGCUGGAAUGCGCCUGAAGGUUCUAGGACUUGUAGUGACUCAGGUUAUGACUCGACUGUGACUCAUAAGGAACAUUGUAGAAUAGUAUAGAACGUUAUGGUAGGUACUGGAAGGUUCUAGUACAGUACCUGUAUAGUAGUAUAUAAGACGCUAGCUGAAGUCGAUGGACUUCAGCUCGUCC